UAGGCUUCCUCAUUGGUUUGGGAGUUGGGAAUGGCGGUGGCUUCUGUUGGUCCCGGGGUGCCUCCCCCUGCAGCUGGGCCGGGAGCAGGACCGGGCCCAGCCGAGGGGGCGGACGUGCUCUUCGUGGCAUUAAGCGCCGGUUUCACGUCCCUGAGCCAUCCGCUGCUUUAUGUGAAGCUCCUGGUGCAGGUCGGGCACGAACCUCUGCCUCCAACCCUUGGGAGAAACUUGUUGGGGAGAAAAGUAUUAUACCUUCCUGGCUUUUUUACAUAUGCCAGACACAUUGUGAAAGUGGAUGGGAAAAAAGGCUUGUUCCGUGGCCUUAUACCUCGAAUCAUCUCUAGCUCUUUAUCAACUGUAACUCGAGGGCGAGUGAAGAAGGCCUUUCCUUUGGAGGAUAUGGAGCAUGUUUCGAACAAGGAUGAUGUGAAAACUUCCCUCAGGAAAGUGGUGAAAGAGACCUCCCAUGAGAUGAUGAUGCAGUGUGUGUCCCGGGUUAUCUCCCAUCCGCUGCAUGUAAUCUCUAUGCGUUGUAUGGUCCAGUUUAUAGGACGGGAAGUUAAAUAUGGGGGUGUAUUGCGCUCCAUUGAGACCAUUUUGAAAGAAGAAGGGUUCUGGGGAUUCUUCGUAGGUUUAAUUCCACAUAUUCUAGGUGAUGUUGUUUUCCUAUGGUGCUGCAACCUUCUGGCUCACUUCAUUAACACCUACGCAGUGGAUGACAACUUCAACCAAGCCUCUGUGAUCCGGAGUUACACCAAGUUUGUGAUGGGGAUUGCCGUGAGCAUGCUGACAUACCCUUUUCUUCUUGUGGGAGAUCUCAUGGCAGUGAACAACUGUGGGUUACGUGCUGGCCUCCCUCCAUACACUCCUGUGUUUUCCUCUUGGAUUCACUGUUGGAGACAUCUCAGUGCUCAGGGGCAGCUGUUCAGAGGCUCCAGCUUGCUCUUCCGUAGAGCAUCCCCAUCAGCAACUUUCCUUUUUGAUUAAUCUCGUCAGCAGUAGGGGAGGCAAACAAAGUGUUGUAGAAGAAACACUAUAAGCUUGCUUGAACAUUUUUUAAUUUUUGAAGUUAAAGUUGAAGAGCAAGACUGUCUCCCCAGCAUAUUGGAUUGGCUUUCCAACUGCACUGGGGUUACGAUAUGACUAAGAUUUUGUCAGUCAGAGGAAAGGGGCAGCUUUUUAGUGCUGGAUCUUAACCUUCAACCUGGGUAGUGGAGGUGCAAGUUGGGGAGGCAACAGACAAGGCUGUGCAACUAACAGCCAGGUCUCAGGAGCAAGGAGCAGUUGUCUCAGGGAGACAAGGGCAUAGUUGUCCAGGUCCUGCUCUGUAUCAUAGAUUAUGUAUGUUGCUACUGUAGGAGGAAAUUUGACAGGUAUGUGAACUGUACUGAUACAGCAUUUCUAAUACAUAGGGGGAAGUAUUUGGAAUAUGUUGUCUCAGCUUUUUAAUGCUCAUAUUAAAUGUGCUUUUCAUCAGUUAAAUUAACUAAAGAUCCAGCAAUGGAUGAUCAGUGAUGGAUUCUGAAGUACAUUA